GUGUUACCGGCUUCCUCAUUCGAAAGUUACAUUUUAUUGGAUGACAAUUUAUCUUUGGGGAUUAAAAAAUUAAAUAUGCACGUGUUUUAAGAAGGCGCCACACAAUGCAGCUGCAUUGAGGUCAAAGCUGAGGUAAUGUAUUCAUCGAGACUUUCAUGCAACGCCUAAUGGCUGCUGGCCAUUAAAUGUAAUACUGGAACAAAAGGAUAAUGGUCCUGCUUUUUUCUCCUCUUUUCCCUUUGAAUUUCUCUCCAAUUAGUUUUGUAUUCCCCAGUGUUCUCUAAUCUUUUCCACACACAGUUUCCUCAAACAUAUCCUUAAGUCAUGGCUGACUUUGACACAAUUCUGAAGUUUUGGGCGCCAGUUGAGGCAGACUUGAACACAUAUGGAGGUCUGGUUCUAACUCGCUUAUUCACUGAGCACCCUGAGACCCAGAAGCUGUUCCCCAAGUUUGCAGGAAUCGCCCAAGCCGACCUGGCCGGAAAUUCGGCCGUUUCUGCCCACGGUGUAACAGUGCUGAAGAAACUGGGGGAGCUGCUGAAAGCCAAAGGCAAUCACGCCGACAUCCUCAAACCUCUGUCCAAGACCCAUGCCACAAAACACAAGAUAGCCCUCAUCAAUUACAAGCUGAUCACAGAAGUCAUCGCAAAGGUCUUGGAGGAGAAGGCAGGAUUGGACAGUGCCGGGAAGCAGGCUUUGAAUAACGUGAUGGACGUCGUCAUUGCCGACAUCGAUGCAGACUACAAAGAGCUGGGCUUUGCCGGCUGAUGUUUAGUUUGCAGAAAGAAAUAUGGCUGUUUGAAAAUGUGUCAACCAUUAGGGGUGCUAUUUUUUUUAAUGAAGAUUAUAUGUAGCAAAAUAGAUGAACCACUACCAAAAUAGAGUUUGCAGUGCAUUGGAUAGACAUUGCACAAAAGUGUGACACACAGAAUGAAAUGUUUUAUGUUGUGCAUGUUUGUAAGUGUUCAGUAAUAAAA